AUGAAGGCAGCAGCUGAUAACGGAGACAUUGACCUGCAAGAAUCUGAAGCUUUGCCACAUGAUACUGAGGAUCAACUUCAACUCGUCUUCGGCGAUUUUGACGUGGAGUACCAGGGUCAAUGUCAAUGGGAUUAUGUGACCGUGCACGAGAAACCCUGCAACCACGUGACGGAGCCACGGGGGACAAAACCGUACUGUGGGGCGCUCAAACCAUUUACCUUCAUCAGCACGUCUUACGAAGUGUGUCUGGUGUUUCGUUCCGAUGAAGUGGUCCAGAAGAAAGGGUUUAAAGCAACAGUUCGACUUAUCAGCAAUGGCAACAUCGACUUCGACCUCACCGGAUUCGUCAUCAACUACACCAACCACUACCACAAGCCCGCUAGCAACUGGUACGACUUUAUCAUUUUUGCCCCAUUCAACGCAAACCACAAAAUCGAAGUCCGCAUCGAAUUUCUCACGUUCGCAGUAGAAUACCAAUCACAGUGCAACUGGGAUUAUGUACAGAUGACAAUCAGAGGUGACUUUGUGAGGAAACUGUGCGGCCUUGACAAGCCGAAAUCAAUAAAAACCACGUCCGACCAAAUUGAUGUGAUCUUCCAUUCGGAUUACGUCGUUCCCGCUGAUGGAUUUCUUAUAAAAAUAUAUGAGACGCCAGGGAAGAUUGUUGAUAUUUGCCACUACUCGCAUCUACAAAUCCAAGACAGUCUAUUCCUUGUCAGUCCGGGAUACACGGAGAAACAGGCGUACCCGCUGAACACUGAAUGUAAUGUGGAAAUCGUGCCGCCACCACACAAGGAAGUAAAGUUGUCGAUCUCCGACUUUGAACUUGAACUAAACCAAGAGUGUACCUGGGACUACCUGACACUGGAACAAUCCAACAUUGCCGUACGAUUCUGUGGCUGGCUCGACAAGUGGCACUCCAUUGGCUCGUAUGACUCAUGCGCACCGAGCUAUAUCCGCACCGUCAAUGACAAGAACAAGCGUAUGAUUUGUCUUCUGAACACUAAAACAGAGCUAAAACUUAACGAAGCAUUGCCUAUCCGAUUGAAGUUCUUUUCUGAUGGCUACAUUACUAGACGUGGUUUCAAUAUAUCAGUUGAGCUUUCAGACGCUACAGUUCAAACCCCAAUAAAUGGAAGCCCCAGUACCAACAGUUCUACACAGUCGCAUACCAUACAGCAGAACUACACAACUACAUCACAAACUACUUCUUCAAACAUCGCAGUUUCAUCAAUUUCCGUGUCUGCAUACGCGACGAGUUCUUACACAAGUUUAAAACCUAUUUCUACGGCAAAGAGCACGGCAACAUCGAUCCCCACUGUAAAGACAUAUGUUAAUAACCAAACCACCAUCUUUGUUACUGGUAUCGAAAGUAAGACACCUGGAACUGGAAGCCUGACUUCACCAGUAGAAAAUACAGCUACAAACACAUUAACAACCGACAAUGCGCCAUCAGCAUCUACAUCAUCGACUUAUACAGAAAUGUCCAAGUCUGACACGAAGUAUCCUUCAAUAAAGUCAGACUCCACCGCGGAGCCCUCUACGACUGCCUCAGUAUCAUCAAGGUCGACAUCAGUAAAACCUACAACUGUUCUGACAACGAUUUUAUCAACACUGUUGAAGGCAUCUUCGACCGUGUCAUCUUCAGUGUCUGCAUUACCGCAGUCAGUGCCCACACACUCAACUGCUUCUGUCACCUUGCCAUCUUCAAUGUCGUCUACCAACCCGAUAAGUGCAAGCGGCAAUUCUUGCUCAAAAUCCGAACACGCGCUGGUGUUAAAAGAAAGCGCGGGAAUUAUUACGUCACCCGAAUUUAAGAACAGUAAAACCUAUGCUCCAAACAGCAACUGCUCUUGGAUAAUAUCAGCUGGAGCCAAUAAGAUGAUAGCAAUCGUGUUUGAGCACUUCGACAUUGAGUUCGACUCCCACUGCAAGUACGACAGACUGACCGUUUACCGUUUGGGUUUGGACAGCGUCCCGGCAGAGCAGCUGGCGGUCUUGUGCGGCUCGAACCUGCCACCUAGCCUGGACGCGACCGGGGAGGUCCUCGUCAGUUUCCAGUCGGACGGCAUCGUGCAGAAGUCAGGCUUCCAGCUUCGGUACCUGAAGACUAGCGUCACAUCAGGGGGCGUGUGUCCCGGGGGCCGGACAGGAUGCGGGGACGGCGGGGAAUGUAUACCCAUGGAGUGGUGGUGCGACGGAACUACCGACUGCGCAAACAUGGCGGACGAGAAUGAUUGUCCCACGUGCUCGACUGGUGAAUUUUCGUGCAGUGACGGCAAAUGUCUCCCCAAUUCUCACCGCUGUGACGGGAUCAGCCAGUGCGCGUUCAAUGAGGACGAGACCGGAUGUGUGACGCUGUCGGACGACACGCACGGGACACUGGCUGUCAACAUAGCAGGAGAAGACCACUCUGUGUGCUAUGACGUCACGGUUCAGACAGGAAGUGACCUGCUUUGCAAAAAACUAGGUUAUCGUCAAUCUCAAUCCGUGCUACCAAUAAAGCAGAGCGGCAAACAACAGAAAUACGCACGACUGACACUGACGGGAACGGAAAUAGUGUUUGAGAAACGUGCAUCGUGCGCAAACGACACGUCUACAUUGCUUGUGUGCAUGGACUCGGGAUGUGGUCAGAAAGCGGACAAACACCGGAAAAAGAGGGUCGUCGGCGGAAGUGUGUCCAGUACAGGGCAGUGGCCAUGGAUUAUAGGAUUGCGGGUCGGACCUGGAAUUGUCAACUGCGGUGGGACCAUUAUCAGCCGACACUGGGUGCUGACAGCCGGUCAUUGCGUUAAAGAUUUUCUGUUCAGCCCCCAGGAACUCUCGAUCGUGGCGGGGUCACAUGAUCUUUCUGACGUCACGGGUCAGGUCAGGCACGUGGCGGAAGUCAUCAUUCACCCGGACUACAACUUCAUUUACAGCGACGACAUCGCGUUGUUACGCCUGCAGCGGCCGCUUGAUUUCAGUGAUGACGUCAAUGCCGCGUGUUUGCCAUGGGACGGUCGACAAUUUUCGCCGUCGUCAAAUUGCUACGUUGUUGGAUACGGCGUGUGGAAUGUAGAAAAUUACUACACGACGCUGGCCCCAAGGUAUCUUCGCCACGUGCGCACGAAGAUCGUUCAUAGCGACACGUGCACCGAGCUGUACUCGUACAAGAUGUACAUCAAGGACACCAUGAUGUGCGCAGGAUACACAGGCGGGGGAAUGGAUGCCUGCAAGGGUGAUUCCGGAAGUGGAUUGCUGUGCGAGACGGAGACGGGUCGCUGGAUGGUGGCCGGGGUGGUCAGCUGGGGGGACAUGUGCGGCAACACCAACCGCCCGGGGGUCUACACAAGGGUCACAUCCUUCCUUGAAUGGAUAGACGGACAUACAUCUGCCCAUGUCAACAAUAAUUCCGUGAACUGCACGUUCGAGGCCGGCUGGUGUGGUUACACGGACUCCUCCCAAGGAUCCUACUUUUGGACCAGAGGACCCGGGGACAAAUACACCAAUGGAAUGGUUCUGCAGGCCGUCAAGCCCAGUUAUGUGAAAUCAAAAUUCACGAGCGCAGUUUUAGAAUCCCCAGAGUUUAUUCAAAGCACUAAUUCGUGUUUGAAGUUUUCUUUUAAACUUAGUGGAAAUUCUAACAUAACACUAUCAGUCUUCGGCGUGAUUGACGGUAAUGACGUUAAUGAAGGCGUCAUCCACAAACGGUUGCUAUGGCGAGUCAUUACCCAUUAUAGUUCGUCAAAGAUGUGGACGCCGACAGAAGUAGACGUAGGAAGUGACGUAAGACGAUUACAUUUUACGUCAUCAUACGACGAGGGUAACGUGUACAGUAUGGGGUUGGAUAACGUAACUAUCGUGCCUGGACCAUGCUUAGGUAACGCGUAUCUAACCUGUGAUUUCAACGCGGGUGGCUCGUGCGGGUAUGUCGAGUGGACGGGUGGGUAUGCGGUACCAUGGACGAAACAGCCAAAGGAAGGCGAUGAAUCCGAUAAAUUCAUUUUAGCUGGUGGAAAUCCGUCGGCUUUCGGAUUCAUGGCGUUGUCUCAGCUGACCACGCCACCUCUGUCGUCACUUUUUACUACCCUUCCACACUGUGUAAUAUUCGACAUAAAGAAGUUCCACAAUUCUUCAGCCAACAUAGUACUCGCAACAUACGUCGCGAUGAGUGGGACUUUAAAUAACCAAAACAUUUACUGGUCAAGUAAAGUGACUUCUUUUGAUUGGACAACGGUCAGGAUGACUGUUCAACCGCAAAAUUGGAAUGAAUUUUAUGACCGUAUUGGUUUUGAAAUGAGGCGUCAACAGUAUUCAUCCGAUGACGUACGAUUCGGAUUAGACAAUAUUCGGAUAGUUGAUGGAAUCUGCGUCUAAUA